CUUUUUCCUUCUGAGAGCCUUAUAAAAGGUGACAUAAAAGAUGAGUCAUUCUAACCUGACUCCUCCUCCUUUAUUUAAAUUUCCAGCUGAGGACUAGAGAAGAUGCCUUAGAGUGAGUUUUGUUCACUUUACUGACUGACGACCUGAAAAGGAUAUGGCUGGUUUCUCAGUGUGCGUCAUCUUUACCUCUGUCCUCUGUCAGCUCACAGCAACAGCAGCUUCUGGAACACUGAAAGAGGUGGUUGGUGCCCUUGGUGGAUCUGUGACCUUCACUGUGAAUAUCACUGAAAAAGAGGUCGACCAAAUCAUAUGGACCUUCAAGACGUUGUUUCUUGCCAUCAAAACUAAGGACAAGGUCAUAAUGUCAGAAAAUGAGAGAAAAAGGAUAGUCAUUCCAGAUGGAAGCUACUCCAUGACUCUCAGACAGUUGAGGAAGAAUGACUCAGGUGUCUACCGUGUGGAAAUUCACAUUCCAUCACUUCAGUCUCCCUUCACCCAGGAGUAUCAGCUACAUGUCUAUGAGUAUCUGUCAAAGCCCAGCAUCACCAUGGAUGGGCAAGACAACAAGAAUGGCACCUGCAGAAUCAACCUGACAUGUUCUACAGAACAGGGAGGAGAGAAUGUGACUUACAGCUGGAGAACCGUGGGGCAGGCAGUCGAUGAGUUUCAUGAUGGUGCCAACCUCCCAAUCUCCUGGAGCUUGGGGGAGAAAGACAAGACCUUAAUCUGUGUGGCCAGGAAUCCCAUCAGCAACAGUUCCUCGGUCCCCACCCUUGCCCGGAAUCACUGCAAAGAUGCUACCAAGGAUCAAAAUUUACCCAAGGUCUUCAUCUGCGUCAUGCCGGUGUCCAUCCUGCUCAUUGUCUUUCCAGGGAUUAUUUUUAUUGCUAUGCGGAGAAUGAAAGAAAAUGGUAAAGCAUGCUGUGGGGAAGACACGAAGAGAGUGGACAGCCACCAGGAAAACCCCAACUUCUGCCCUCACACUGAAGAGAAUACAGACUAUGCCACAAUCCCUUAUAUAAGUAAAACAAAUCCGGAAGAAGAUGCAUCAAACACAUUUUAUUCCACUGUGCAGAUCCCCAAAGCGGUGAAGAGUCCAGGCUCCCUGCCUGCAACGCCACACAUGCCAAAGACAUUAAGGUUUGAAAAUGUUAUCUAGAGAGUGCCACUACAUCCCCUCCCUCCAGAAAAAAAAAAAAAAGAAAGAAUUCAGCAUUCUGAGCAAAAAUGCAAAUUUGAGCCAUAGACUGAAUGUAAAUAUUUCCCCACCAGACCUAUGUGUUUGCAUACAGAUGUUGAAGACCAGAUUCAAGGGCUUCAGGGAACAAUGACUCUUGGGUAUUGGGACACAUCCAUUUGCAUUACAUUCUGACAAAGAAUCUAGCUUUGUUCAUCCAGUAAUGGUGAAUGAGGUUGAAUUCGUGGGUGACAGACUAAUUUGUGUGAUGGAGAAAAUUUCAAGACCGCACAGCACCUAAGAUGCGGCACAGCCAUACUUGCUACGUUUAUCCAUGUUUAGAGUAAGAACUCAAAACAAAGAAAAGGAACUGGAAGGUGUAAAAAGCAUACAAUUUGAUAAGUAGCAUGAACUCUUGACAAGUGGGUAUUUUUUUUUUCCAUUUGUACUGUAAUGGUUAAAGAGAUGAGCUCCUGUAAAGAGUAACCCCAGACUUUGUGCUAGGACAAUGGAAAUGGGGCUCUGAGAGCGAGCCCCUACCUUUCAAAAACUUCAAGGUAUGAACUGAACACCCCACCUGAGCAGCUCGCAUUUAAAAGGAAGAGUGGCUGAACACAGAGUGUCCCGCCUGGAACAGCGUUUCUCCAGAGUCAGCUGCACAGCUUCUCAGAGGCUGCUGAACUCCUGACCUGAGGGGGUGUGGCUCUCUCCUGAGGUGGCAGCAGAACAUGGCAACAUUCACAGGCUGAGGGCUUUGCAGACAUGGCAGAAUGCAGAAGCUGGGGAGCCACUGAGGCUCCCACCAAGCCCCAGAGGACGAAAGCCAGGCGAGGUAUAUCGAGGUUGGCCUUUCUGAGUGGAACUGCUGUGUGAGCCUGUAUGAAGCUGUGAAGGCAAAGUUCGUAAGUCACAGUACAGACUCCAGGAUACUGGAGCUGCCAGGAACAUGGAGCAUCUACUGAGAGAAGCUUAAGGCACUGAAUACACCCACAGAAGAGGCUAUGGGUGCUUUAGUAGCAAGGUCAUGGAAACAGGCCUCCUCAGAUCCCCUAGGGCACACAUGAUGACACCAUGUAUCCAGGAUGCCAGGUAUAAAGGUUCCGGGUCUCUCAUUCCUCCCUUUUGGAAUGCGAGUGUUUCCUCCGCCAUUGUACAUGAAAGUAUGUAAGUUUUUCUUUUAUCUCAUAGGAGCUCACAGCUCAGGGUUUGCCUUACAUCUCAUAAAAGACAUUGGACAUUGGACUGUUAUGGCUGAGGACUCUUGGAGUUAGAUGGAAUGCAUUUCGCAGUGUUCGAUGACCGUGAGCCUAUGCGAGCCACGGCACGAAUGUUACAGAUUGAGUCCAAAGCGUGCUUUACAGACAGGGUCCUGUCUUUGAAUGCUUGGUGUUCAGUUUGGACAGUCAAUAGUGUUAUUUAGGAGUGCUGCAGAAGAGAGGUCCUGCCUGGAGAUGGUGGGCAACAUUCACUUCCGGCUCUGGGCUGGGCCUUCUGCUUCUACCUCAUGCAGAGUCCUGCCCACUGUGAUGUGGGGACGCAGCCACCACAAACUUUCUCCAACACAGACCAUGCCCCUGAGGACACCAUGCCUUCUGAUGAGGAUGGAUUGUUAUAUCUAGAAUCGAAAAUCAAAAUAAGCCUCGUCCCCUAUAAGUUGCUUCUGCUGCUUGUUUUAGCACCGAAACCUACUUCCAGGAUAAGCUCCUUUGGGCUCUGAGGUUCAUUGGCUGCUGAGAACGCCCCUCAAACUCAGAAUCUGUAUUCCUUUCUGCAGAUGAGACCGAAUUUGUCAGUUAGUCCUGAGAAAAAGGCUGAGAGAUGCCUUGGCACGUAAGUACGUAUUAAUUAAGGUCCUGGGGCAAGAUCUCAAGUCCUAUCCUAUUCCAGAACUUCAGAUCAGGACUAUCCCCAAAAGACUGAUUGCUGGAGCAGACAGAUGUAGCCAGCACAAGCAAGUUUACCUGUCCAAAAUAAAUGUAUUAAUUUAUUAAUGAAAUCACCAGCUGUGUGGCAGAUACUGUGUUACACUUGUGUGGGUUAUCUCAGCACACUCUGCUCCUGCUUGACACCUCAUGAACUGCCUUAUAGGGAGCCACAAAAACAGUGGCUACAGAGUCCCACAGGCCCCUUGUGGGUAUGCAGGUACCAGAGGCCAAAAUGGACAAGGACAGAAAAUCCAACUAAACACCUAUGCUUUGCUGGUACCAUCCAUGGACACUCAAAGCCUUUCGUAAAGCACAAGGACCCCUAACCUCUACUUCACCUAUGCUUACAUACUCCGAGGGAAAAGUGUAAUCCCUAGGCCUAGAGGGGAGCACAUCUUUUUCAACAGAGAAAUAGCCUGAAUACACAAUUUGGAUCUAGACCGAGCCCUAGAGUCAGGGAUAGAGUCUGGGGUUUGGUGGCUGGAAAGCCCUCACAGCUGUUUAACUUUUUCAAGGCGUAUUUAUUGAGAACAUUUGCCAGGUCAGUCUUCUAGGUAAAACAGACAUAUCCCCUGCCCAUGGAGCUCAUUUUCCUUUUCAGUGUUGUGUAAGAGGCAUGGGAACACGCGCAGCAGGUGCGUGUGUGUUUGUGUGCAUGUGUGUCGGUGUGUGUGCACGAACACGUCCUUGUGCGCAUUUGACGUGGUCCCAGAACGAGAAAUUACAUGUCUUAAACGAGAGUACUGAAACAGAACUGGGAUCCAGGGCUGAAGGGUAUGAAAUCAAGUAGACAAAUACAUGUUUUAAAAAGAAGAAAUAUGUUUCUAAAAAGAAGAAGUGUCUGGUAUAAGGGGACACUCCUAAAUACAAGCUGGAUGGGAAAACAGAAAUAAAACUACGGAAAAAGGGAAGAGGAAACCAAGAAAAUGGCCUGAAGCAGAAUUGAGGGGAAAUAAAAGCAAAAAACAGAAUGCAUAAUUUGCCCUAAUACGUGGCAAAUCUGUCUGGCCAGCCUCUGCCCAGAGCUGUGUAAGCAUCUGCCCGAGGCACAGAUGUAAAUGCUAUACAUUACUGUUGUUCUUAUUACUCUAACUCUAUUAAUAAGUAAGAUAUUAUUCGAAUAAGAUCAGCAUGUGUUAAGGAACUGCUCCCCCAAAGUCUCACAAAGUUGAGAGGAAGGGCACAAAACAGCACAUAGAGGAGAUUACUAUUUACAGUGUGUGCAGCUAGAACAAGUGGGCCUUCAAAUUUGUCCAGGUAAAAAUAAUUCUCUGAUUUUAUUUCAGUAUCUCUCAUAAUAAAAAGACACCGAGGAAUUUACAAACAAAAAUAUGCCUUAUGCUGCUAUUUGCAAUAGGCAAGUUCCGGAAGCUACCUAAGACCGAGACAACAGAAAGGUUAACCGAGCACAGACUAUAAGAACCCAGGCUAGGAUGCCAGCCAGGUGGCUCAGCAGUGAAGAGCGCCGGCUGGUUUUCCAAAGGGCUCAGGUUUAAUUCCCAGCACUGCCAAGGUGGCUCAAAACCAUCUGUAACUCCAGUUCCGGGGCAUCUGAUACCCACUUCUGGCUUGCAUGCGUACCAUGCACAUGGUACACAGAUACACACGCUGAUCAAAUAUCUAUACAUAUAAAAUAAUGGAAUUAAGUUAAAUUUUGAAAAGACAUGUUAGAUAGCCAGGUGGAGGGGGGAGGGGGGGAGGUAUACUCUAUAAUCCCAGAAUUUGGAAGAGUAGCCACAAGUUUGAGGCCAGACUACAUAGUAAGUUUCAAACCAGCAUGGGCUA